ACCUAUACCAACGACAUUUUUAGUUCCUCCCGCUACAAACCGCUACAAUGGCCGAGCCAAUCAAAAUCUCCACCCAGGACGAGCUCAACCAGCUCAUCACCUCCACCAAAUACGUCAUCCUCGACUUCUGGGCCGAGUGGUGCGGACCCUGCAAAGCCAUAGCCCCCCUCUUCGCCAAGCUCUCCAAGUCUCACUCCGUCCCAGGCCAGCUCGCCUUCGCCAAAAUCGACGUCGACGCCUCGGCCGACAUCGCAAAGGAGUACGGCAUCACCGCCAUGCCAACCUUCGUCUUCGUCGUCGACGGCCAGGUGGGCAAGGGCGUCGACGUCCAGGGCCGCAAGCUCGGCGUGGGCGAGAGCGCCGACCGCGUCGUCCAGAUCCGCGGCGCCGACCCCAGGAAGCUGACCCUGUUGGCCAACGAGCUGGGCGAGCUGGCCAAGAAGGGUGCCGAGGGUUCGGCUGAGGAGGCUCCCAAGGAGGAGGAGAAGGAGGAGGAGGCUGCCGCCACUGCUUAAAAGGGGUUGAAAAAGGAGUGCUGAAUUUGGUACGAUAUGAUAUGGGUCAGACAUGGUCGAACGAGGCUUUGGCACAGAGACCAGGGAAGAGAGAUACAGCAGCCACCACCAAGCAAGUGGUGGUAUGUCGUUGGAGAUACAAACGGUUGGCCGCUGGGUUGGCCGUGGGCCAGCUUGUCACUGGCUUGUGUGGCGCACUUCUGGAUACCCUCUUUUCAGCAAGCAUGACUGACGGAGUAUUAUUUGUUUCACUUUUGGUUCAUGAUAUAUUCUCAGCGAACCCAACGCAACACGGCAUUGAAGCUCCGAUUUUGUCCCGGAACCCCCUUUCAUCCAAUUGCGUCACAACCUAUCCAACGCCAUGCUAACAAAACGCUCGCUCUUAUGCAGUAGUAUAGAUACAAUCCCCUAGACAUCU